AUGGACAGAUUUGACAGCUCCCUCCAGGACUUUUGCAGCAGUAGGCAAUACCAGUUUGAGCUCGGACCCACGGAUUUGCUGGAGCGCAAGGGCUCUCUGACCCUCCGCUCCCAUCACAAAAAGUACUCGAAGCCGGUGCUGGUGUGUUCCUGGCACCGGAACAGAGAAGCAUAUCCCAAAGAUUAUGAUAUAGAGGGUCCCGAGGAGGUCAAAAAACUAUGUAAUUCAACAUAUCGGAGACUUGGAACUGAUGAAUCCCAAACUUGGAUCUCAGAAACACAUGAACAAAUGGCACAAGUUUUUUCAAACACAGAAUUGGCUCAAAUAAAAAGCAAGGCUUUAUUGAAUGAGGAAACCAUGAGCUCUGGGAUUACUGAAAGGGACACUGGAUUGCCUGUGACAGGCUUUGGAGCUCUCUUUACUCGACACCCAACAGAUCAGCGCAAAAUGUGUGCAUUGACGACAUAUGCUGAAAACUACACUCUACCAUAUGAUUAUCAGCCACUUGAUUAUUCUUGUCAAGAUGAUUAUUCAAUAGUCCACAGAAAAUGCCGUUCUCAGUUCACGGAUCUAAAUGGUUCCAAAAGAUUUGGCAUCAACCCCUGGCAUGACGAGAGUGGGAUUUAUGCUAAUUCAUAUGUAAAACAAAAACUCUACCCAUUAACUGGUGGUCCUAUUGUCCCGUUUUAA